AUGCUUUCCGUCAAUUUGUUGGCUACUGCUGUAGUUGGUUUUUACGCUUCUUCAAUCAAUGCUGCUGAUUACGAAACAUAUCCAACUGUUGCACACACAGCGUCGAUCAAUGGUUUCGCUGAUAAAAUUUACGAUAGACUUCCAGAAUGUGCUAAGCCAUGUGUUCAGCAAGACACUGGUAACACACCAUGUCCAUACUGGGACCCAGGCUGUCUUUGUGUUAUGUCAAACUGGGGUGGUCCAGUUGCCGAAUGUAUUGCUGAAAAUUGUCAGGGUGAUAAUGUUGUUACUGCAACAAGUUUAGCUACAUCUAUCUGUUCCAGUGCAGGUGUACCAAGUCCAUUUUGGUUCAUUCCAGCUUCAGCUUCAGCUGAUUUACUGGAGGCUGCAGAAGCUACUAUUACUGAUGACGUUACUUCCUCAUCCGCUGCUGAAACCACUGAGCCAGCUUCUUCAGCACCAGCUACCAGCGAACCAGUUUCCUUUGAACCAGCUUCUUCCGAGCCAGUUUCCUUUGAACCAGCUUCUUCCGAGCCAGUUUCCUUUGAACCAGCUUCUUCCGAGCCAGUUUCCUUUGAACCAGCUUCUUCCGAGCCAGUUUCCUUUGAACCAGCUUCUUCCGAGCCAGCAUCAUUUGAACCAGCUUCCUCCGAACCAACUACUUUAGCACCAGCCACCACUGAUCCAGCCACCUCCGAACCAGCUUCUUCAGCACCAGCUACCACUGAUCCAACCACCUCCGAUACAGCUGAAAACCCAUACGCUACUUUCCCUACUGUUGCACGUACCGCAUCUAUUAACGGUUUCGCUGAUAAGCUUUACGAUCAACUCCCAGAAUGUGCCAAGCCAUGUGUUGAAGAAGAUACCGGUAUUACUCCAUGUCCAUACUGGGACCCAGGCUGUCUUUGCGUUAUGUCAAACUGGGGUGGUGAAGUUGCCGAAUGUAUUGCUGAAAACUGUGAAGGUAGUGGAGUUUCAACUGCUACCAGUUUAGCCACUUCUGUCUGUUCCAGUGCAGGUGUGCCAAGUCCUUAUUGGUAUAUUCCAGCUUCUGCUUCUGCUGACUUACUGCAAGCUGCCGCUGCCGCUUCUACCGUUACUGGUACAGCAAACUCUUCGUCCGCUACUGAAACUACUGAUCCAGCUUCUUCAGGGUCAGCCACUACUGAUUCAGCUUCUUCAGGGCCAGCCACUACUGAUUCAGCUUCAGGAAUUCCUUCUUCGGUUUCUUCUGUAGCUGCAACUAAUCCUGAUGGAAGACACACUAAUGCCACUUCCACAAUUACAAAUCAGUCAGUAACAACAGCUACGACUUGCUCUUCCUGUACUAAUAACAGGACAACCUUCAAUUCCACCAAAUCUAAUGGGCCAGUUGUCACUAAAACAGGUGAAAUCUUUACAUCCUCCGACUCCAAUGCAGAUUACACUUCUACUUCGGUAAUUGGUAGUGAUGCUACCAACGUUGAAUUAUCUACUACUGUUGUUACAAUAACAUCCUGUGAAUCAAACAAAUGUUCGAAUAUCUUAAAAACAACAGGUCUUACCGUUGUCACGGAAGAGCACACAUCCUAUACUACCUAUUGCCCUCUUCCAACAGAAUCAGAAAGUAUUGUCACAACAAUCGUUUCAUGUGACAGAAAUACUAGUAAGUCAAUUCCAACUACAACUGCUAAAGCUAUCACAAGCGAAUAUGAUACGCAAUCUAAACUUUCAAAGCAUGCAAACAGCCAUGUAACAGAAACUGAUAUCAACCCGGCCGCAACUUCAGGUACAAAUGAAUUAUUGUCGUCUUCUAGUUCUACUGCAAUCGCAAACGAAUCAUCAGAUUCAGGUUCUCCAGACUCCCAAUUAGUUUCUUCUAUCUCAGUUUCCAGUGAGUACAGCUUAUCUUCAAUUUCUAAUGCAUUUGAAACCGCUACCUUCAGUCCAAGUGUGUUCGAAGGUUCAUCGCCUGUUAACAAACAAUGGAGUUUAUCUUCAUUAAUAGCUUUAUUUGCUAUUGCUCUCUUUUAA